UACAUUGGAUCGCAUUACCGUAACAGAGCUUGCUCAUGAAAAAAAAAAACAUAAUUAGUGUCGGAUCCGUUUUUGACGGGAGGUGCAAAGUGUAAAGUUUCUGCCGCUAAUUAUACGUAGGGUAGGUACUCGUCAUUUUAUUAGCCUAAAAAUCACAUUGUCUUGUUAGUUGUUACAAUGGAGAAUGAUAAUCCAGAAUCUCCAACUGUUGGCACCGAAAAAUCAUCUCUUGAAUUGCAAUCAUCGGAAUCAUGUGUUUUGAACACUCAUAUAAAUAAUUCUGAAAAGAGUGAAUUGGAAUUAGAGCCUGUGAAUGCUGCUGAUGAGGAUGAAGAUGAUGCAAGUAAUAUUGAAGGAAGGUAUCUAAGGACACUUCCAGUGUCCAAAGCUGAAUGUGGAUUUUUUAGUGGAACGCCUCCUCAGAGUCAGAAAGAUGGCAAAAUUAAAAAUGAAAUUAAUGAACAAACCAGUGUCAUUGGUUGUGAUGAUCUUGCCACUGCAGCAGCAUCCUCUGCUGCACAAACACCUGCUCCAGAUCUUGCAAUGGCUGAUGACUUGAAAACUGAAAUUGAUGAUAAUGCAUCAUAUCUUGGGUCUCGUCUUGUUUUCCGCAAUCUGCCAACAGAUUAUUCACCCGAUGACAUCAAGUCAUUAAUUGAAUCAAAAGUUACCUUCGAAGGGCUGGUAGUGGAUAAAAUAACUGAUGUGAUUGCUGGUCGGUGUGAAGUUUUGGUUAGACCAGCUCUUGCAGCAUUGUCCAUCAUCCUCUCACUCAAUGGAAACGUCAUUCAAGGGCAAAAAAUCACAGUUAUCAAGAUCAUCACAGCUGAUGGUUUUUCAUCUCCAGUCAAACCUUCCAAGAAAACACAACUUGAUUCAUCAGGAGCCGACCAAAGCAAUCCUAAGCAAGAAUCAGAGCAGCAGAUGUGCUCCAUUACAGGAUGCCGUAGCACUUUAGCUCGUGCAGAGGUGCACAAAACUUGUGCCCUCCACAGCCCAUGCUUUCAAAAUGAUGUAUUUGAUCCAUCCAAAUGCAAGGCAUGCCAAGUAAUCUUUGCCAAAGGAACUAAAGGAGAUUUCGAUUCUAAGAAACUUUGGCGGCAGAAGCUCAUGCGAAUGAGGAAGAAAGGGAUAAACUGGGCCAGUGAUGAUGUGAAGCGGGCUUACUUCAUGGACGUCAGAAGCCAACCGGUCUUCUGUGCAACUAGUCCAGAUGGGACAAUCGCGACAGAUGAUAAAUGUUCUGAGAACAUAUGUUCACAGUUCAAGUCUUUGACUAAAGACUUGGACCAUCACCUUGCUGUCAUUGAUGAUAUCAAUCACUUGUUCAUCUGGAGUGCUCGCAAGUUGAUGGAAAAAACAAAGGGACCUGAGUACAGAGUGUGUUUUGGCGAUAUUCCUCGAAUCUUUGAUCUCAAGGCUUUGGUUUUGUUUAUCAACACCACAAUUGGUUCCGUAUCAUUUGCUCGGCUUGUGAGGCCCAAGCCCGUCAUUGAGUUUGACUCAGUGGAGGCAGCGCAGAAAUGCAUUGAGCAAAUGAAUGGUAUGGGCAUCAACAGUUCCAAGAUCACAGCUGUUCAGGACACUGAUGAAGGACUACCUACCAACAUUUUUGUCGACACCACGCAGCAAGAAGUUUUAGAGGUCAAUGAUUCUGCGACUGAAGGAAACUGUCCUGACACAAGUGCUGAAAUUUUGAAAGAACAACCAACUGAACUACCUGAAACAUUAGAAGUAAAAGCAACUGAUCAUCCUGAAAAUACGGUGCAAACGUCAACUAAUCAAGCUGAAGACAUAGAAAUGGAGCCAAUCAUUGAACCUAAAGCUUCAGAAGAUGAGCCUAGUGUUCAUCCUGGAGAUCCAGAAAAAAAUUCAACUGGUGCUUCCGGGAAGGAAAGUCUGAAAUUCCAGAUGGAUUUAAAUACUGUUGAUGAGCCUGAGGAACUUCUGCAAUCUUACGAUGAAAUCAACCAUCUCAUUAUUCACGAUAUUAUUAAUCAAGGCAACAAAACUCGUGGCCCUCAAUACAGGGUCUUUAUCAGCAACAGUCCUAAUGGCUAUGACCUUAGAAAAAUUAUUGUUGCUCUGAAUAAGGAAGUGGGUGGCAUUGUGUUCGCGCGAGUGCGACGCCGCAUUAUGGUAGUAGAGUUUGAGUCUGAGGAACUUGUCACAAAAUGCAUAGAAUUUGUGAACAAGCUAGUCGUGCUGGGUCGACAGCUCUGCGCUGAACAGGAUUUCGACGACCACCAACGCGUGCUUCAGGAGCGGCGGGCUGCGGCAAAGACUGCCGUGGAUGCGGCUGCAGAAGAAGGGCAGAAAUCAGAUGCUGUCUCUGCCAAUAUAGCAGACAAGAGGAGAAAGAAAAAAAAGAACAGGAAUGAAAGUCUUCCUUUUGUCCCCCCGAAUCUGGAUACGUAUGGCUUCUCCGAAGGGAUGCUCAGAUCUCUCAACAUCACCUUGCCUCUCGUUAGGGAGGUCAGGGUGUCAAAUCUGUGUGAGGGCAUUACGCGCGAGAACGUACGGGAGCUUCUGAGCGUGGCUGGCACCGUCAUGAGGGUUAAACUGGACCAACCUUCGCGAGAGGCCAUUGUCGAAAUGGCUCACCCUAUUGACGCAGUUCAGGCUGUGUCUCAGCUCCACGCGCAGUUCUACUACAACAGACAACUCACCGUUGAACUGUAUCGCCCUGAAGACGGGAUAGCCGGUCCCAGUAUCCCUAAGGGUCUCCAAACUAUUGGCAAGCGAUUGCCCAUAUCUUUGCCGACCGUCACCGAUUCUCUUAUGGCAAAUUCUAAUCCUAGGCUCUCGAAGAAGGGCAUGCGGACGCAGUUCAUGCGGAAUAUCGAGGCUCAAUCCAUGAUGCCGGUCCCUGCGUUGUCCUUCAACCAGAACAACCAAGGCCUUAGUCAAGGUCUUAUGGGGAACGCCCCGCAUCUUGGAGGCUCUGGUACCAGUGUCAGCAUUGGCGCCUUUGGCCUACCUGUUGUGAAAACCGUGAUGCCUGUUGCCACGCCCGACCAAGGAAAUCGAGGGAAUGCAAUGAUUGGGCCUCAGCUUCCCAGCACCUUUGAGGAGAGCAAACGUGCCAAAAAACGGAAGAACUUCGAACAACUAACCUCUAAAAACCAGGAAGCAAAAAGGAGAAAUCCUUACUGGGGCGGUAACGGAUAUAGUCAAGGUAACAAUAGCGGAGAUUUUCGCGGUAAUCCUCGUGGUGAUAAUCUUUCUUCUGCUUUUCCUCCCAACAACUUUGGAUUAUCCUGCAGGAAUAAAAAUGCCAGCCCAAGGAACAAAAACUGGGGAGGAGGAGCAGGCAGAGGGAGGUUUGCUGACAACAAGCAAGACUGGGUUGAUAAUUCUGCAGGCACGAAUUGGGUCCCUAAGGGGAACAACAAGAAGAGACGUGGCAAGAACCCUGACACCCAACAGAGCAAUGCUGCAUAUUCAGCUGGUGGCGCUUACAACGACGGUAACUCAUAUCAAGAUGGUAGUAAUUUUACCUUACCCCCCCUUGGUGGUGCUGGGAAAGAAAGCAAUAACUUUCGAAGUUAUGGCGGCUGGGAUGCGGGCAGCAGCUACAGUAACUACCAAGGCAACGUCAGCGGUGAUGGCCAGGCGAGUUACGGCGCAGGUCAAGAAGCGAAUUAUAGCGCAGGUUCCGUGACAGCUUUCAAUUCUGGUGCCGGGUCGAGUUACGACUCGGGUCCUGCGCCGAGUUACAACUCGGGUCCUGGGCCGAGUUUCAACGCAAGUUCCGGUCCUAGUUUCAACCCAGGUAUUGGAAUAAAUUACAACCCAGGCUACGACUGGACGGGGAGCAUAAACCCGCGCAACGCAAUUUCAGGUCUCGGUAGUACCUCCGGCGCAACGGCCGCUGCCUCCGCGUACGGUGGGACGGAGCCCUAUGCAUCCGAUACGGCUGGAGCUGCCAAGUCGUACGCCUCUGGAAGCAACAGUUACUGGGCUUAGGUUUGCGUCUAAUUUUUAUAAGCAAGACGUGUAUAGAAUUGCUUGCUAUUAUCAACAUCGGUUUCUCAAAAUUUUCCGUCUAGUAUUUCGUAUAUUGUGAAUUUUUUUUUCAUAAUCUGUUAAUGAUCUUGAAUUUUGAAGCAAGUUUUCUGGGUUGAAGCAGGAAUUCAAAUGUUGCCAACGGGUAUCCAUCUUGGUAAAAUUAUUCAGGGUGCGUUGAUUACAAAUUCAGUACGUCUGUUUUAUUCUAAUAAUUCAGAACUUCCGUAACAAAUCAGGUGACGAAAUUUGCAUUGAAUGUUAAACUCGAGAACUUUAAAAUGUACGUCAGCGAGGCAGCAAUGGUCUGCGCUAUUCCAUGUUGAUUCAUUGUAGCAGUUCAGCUAGAAAGAUUGUUGACAGUAAUUAUCUGUUGGCCUAUUUUCUGUUGCUGUCAUCUUGAGGCCAGUUUAUGGUCGUCAGUUGAUGUUUUUUAAAUGCAUCCUUCGCUCAUCUACCAAAAAAAUUUUUUUCCAUUUAAAAGAGCGAAACAAUAAUUCAUUCAAGGA